CUCGGCCCCCUGUUGCAGACAUCAUCAGACAUGCACUACUCUACUCCUCUUCACCUCGUUACACUCGCCUCAAGGAGUGGGGGACUGGGAGAGCGGGGGACUUCGCUACCAAAGAAGCAGAAAUUCAAAUUUUUUUGCAAGGAUUGCCACUCGCACCGACGACAUCAUCAUAUCACAUACAUAUUCAGCUGCCACAUCGGCCAGUACAUAUACAUAGCUCCCCGGCCUCAGGACCGGUGGUGAUGGUCUCUGGCCUGCGACCUUCGGUUGAGGAUUUUCCCACAGGGUUGCCUCAGCCAGGGCUCACCAGUGGGAUCGGAUCAUCGGCUUGGGAAUCUGGGCGAGGCGCUUCGACGACGACAGCAGUUUACUCACCGGACGACGACAGAUCAGCACACAGUUCUACUCUCUUUCGCCUCGAGUACUCUCGACUCAGAGAGUGGGGGACUCCUGAUAGAGUAUAUAGACUCGGACCCUGGGUAUCACGACUAUUGGGCCCAGACAGCGGCCCGGACAGCGGCCCACAUAUGUUCAGUAGAUAGCAUUUAUUUCCUUGUACACUAUAUUUAUUCAUAUGUACCCA